AUGGCCUCUCGAGGCACAGGCCGCCCGAGAGGCGGCGGAGGCCGUUCAGGGCGGAAAGGCGAAGAAGAGAAAAAACGGAUGAGGCUGAUUCCGCGGAAGAGACAGCCCGCGGAGUCGCGACCUGAGGGCCUGUUCAGAAAGAGAGCGAAGAAAGACGACGACGAAGAAAUCCUCUCAGACGACGCCGACGGACCUGCGUUCUCGGAAGAAGACGAGAAAGUAGGCAGCAGAGACGCCGGUGAAAUCGACUCGGACACUCAAGAGGACAUCCAAGGAGAACUACCGGAUGAGCGACGGCUGCGCGUCGCCCGCGAGUACCUGAACCGGCUGGCGCGCUCUGGCAAGGCGCGACGCGACGAGGAAGACGAAGACGAGGAGGAAGAAGAGGAAGAAGAUGAAGAGGAGGAAGAAGUGGCUAAACUUUUGCAGAAAGAAGCGGCAAGCAGAUCGGCGUCCACCUUCAAUUCCGUCGCUUCUUUGCUCUCUCUAUCGGCAUCUCCGACCGCCUUUCUUCGCGGGCACAAACUUCCUCUUACCUGCGUCGCUGCUCCUGGCGUCGGCGACGCCUCGGAGCGCACUCCUGAGGCAGGCGUCGGAUCCUCGCCCUCGCCUCUCGACCGCCACGUGUACACCGGCGGCAAGGACUGUUGCGUGAUUCUCUGGGACUUGCAAGAAGAGAAGAAAAUCGUUUUCGAGGGACAACGCAACAACGUCCACGCCGGCGGACACUUCCGCCCCGUCCUGGACGUUUGCGUCGCUCCCGAUGAAAGCUUCUUCUGCUCAGUUGGAGAAGACGAACUCGUCCGAAUAUGGGACGCCCGAGCCAGCACCAGAAAGUGCGUUGCAACGCUGCGGGGACACACAGGCCCGAUUCGAUCCGUUAAAUUCAAUUCGUUUCCUUCCUCGGCGUCGGCGACGAUGGCGCGCGGCGAACGUUCGGCCUUCUCUUCGGCAGGAGACAUCGAAAUUGUCACGUGCAGCGCCGACAAGAGCGUGAAGCUCUGGAACCUAAAUCUCCGCGCGUGCCUCAACAGCUUCUACGGCCACACUGCCCCAGUCUCCCGCCUCGACAUCAUACAGCCGAACAAACCGCUAACUGUCGGCGAAGACAACUGCGCUCGAAGUUGGAAGCUGAUUCAAGACAGCCACCUUGUUUUCUCGCCCCAACUCUCCGCCCUGGAAAGCUGUGCACUUCUCACGCCGUCGCUCUUUGCAUGCGGCAGCGCAUCGGGUGUCGUUUCGUUGUACGCCACGACUCUGAAGCGCCCUCUCGGCGCUCAGUUCGCGCGACAGAGAGCAGGGAAAAUGGAGACAGGAGACAAGGCCGAAGCCGCUUGUGGCAAGGACGCAGGCGUCACGGCCAUGGCUGCCAUGCGCCGAACAGAUGUCUUCUUUUCCGGCACCGAAGACGGACAGAUCCAAAUGUGGAAAGUAAAGGCGAAACGCACAGGCAACAAACGCGAGGACGAAGAGUCUGAGUCGAACGCGGCCUCGUCGAAAGCGCUCUCUCUCCUCAGUGUCUCGUGCGGCGCACCGACGGGCGGCGUCGUCGCUGACCUCACGCUGUCUCCUUCCUACGGUUUGCUCGUCGCCGGAGUCAGCAAGGAAAGCCGCCUCGGGCGGUGGGUUGUGAACAAAUCCGCGCGCAACGGCAUUGCGAUCUACAAACUUCAGCAGCGGUAG